AUGUCAUCGUCGCAGAGAGGCGAGCAGGAGCCGCCGGCGUCGGCCCGUGGGCGCGCACCAGCACUCCUGUUGCUGGAGAGUCUUCAAUGCGGGCGGGACGGGCCGCUGGGCGGCGUCAUCCGCCGCCUGUCACCGUCGACGCGGGUAGUGCUGGCGGCGGCGUCGUCGGCGAUGAUGGCGCGCGUGCUGGAGAGCUGCGACGGCGCGUUUUGGUGGGCGCGAAAGCAGGAAGAGGACGUGGGCCUUCAGGUGGCCAGAAGACUCCGGGGCUGCGUGUCUGAGACGACGACAUCACGGAUCGGAUGGAUGGCGGACGACGGCGUGAGCUUCUGGCGGCUGUCCUGUCGUGCCGGAGCCAACGUCGAUGGAUGCGAGGGGUGCUUCAACGACGCGUGUGUCGUCAGCAUUGAGGGCCCAUUUCGAGACCGCGAGGCCCCGCACCGGCUCCAAGAUGCGGGAUCCAGGCCGUGCAGCGGCGGGCCCGUGAUCACAGCGCGCAUGACGGGCCUCCGGCGCGUGGACGUGGGGUGCGAAGGCUUCGCCAUCGAGCGGGAGUGGGGGGCGGACUGGCUGCCGCGGAGCGUGGCGGCGGGCGUGCGCGAGCUGGAUCUGCGCGAGUGUGUCUUCAGGAGCGUACCGGAGGGGAUGACCGCGCUGGAGACGCUGCAGAUGGCAGGAUGUGGGGACUUUAACCAAGGAGAGGUUGUCGUGCCAAAGUCGAGUGCGGGGCGAAUCCGGGGGGUGUUCGCCGCCAGAAGCACGCUGCGAAGGCUCCCGGAGGAUAUGGUGGCGCUGGAGGAGCUCCAAGUAUGCAACUGCGAGUAUCUCGAGGAGGAUUUUCUCCCAGCAACGUCGGCCGCGCGGCUGCGGUGGCUGGACGCCAGUGGCCUCAGUUUGCAGCGGAUCCCGGAGAACAUGGCGGCCCUGGAGGAGCUCGAAGUGACCCACAGCGACCUGACGGCCCUGCCGGCGUCGAGCGUUGCGCGUCUGCGCGUUCUAUCUGCCGAGUGCAGCUCGCUGCGAGCGCUCCCUGGCGGCAUGGCGGCGCUUGAGGUGCUCGACGUGGCGGCCUGCCUGGACCUCGAGGGGGGCUUCGAGAUACCGAGCUCGAGCACGGGGAGGCUGCGGGUGCUGUCGCUGUGCGACUCACCAGUGCAGCGCUUGCCAGACAGCCUGACGGCGCUUGAGGAGCUGCACCUGAACUUGUGCAAGUCGCUCGCGGCUGACUUCCUGCCCGUCGCGUCCUGUGCCGCGACGCUGCGGGUGCUGAGCGUCACAUACUGCUCAAUACAAAAGGUGCCUGAAGGGUUGGUGGCUCUGGAGGAACUCGGCGUCAGCUUCUGCUCGAUGAUCUCGGAGGGCUUCCUGCCGGCGUCGAGCAUGGCGCGGCUGCGCGUGCUCACGGCGAUCGACAGUUCGCUGAGACGGCUUCCAGAGAACAUGCCGGCAUUGGAAGAGCUCAACGUGAUCUGGUGCAGACGACUCGACGAGGAUCUGCUGCCAGCGUCGAGCGCCGCGCGGCUGCAGGUGCUGCUCGCCACUGACAGCGCGCUGAAGAGGAUCCCGGAGGGCACUGUCGCGCUGCGGGAGUUGCACGUCAGUGGCUGCAAGCAGCUGGAAGGGGCCCUAGAGGCGAGCGUGGCGGCGGGGCUGCGCCGCUGGGACGUCUCGAGAGCGUCGCUAAGGCUUCCGGAGGGGAUGGCGGAGAAGUCGCCGUGA